UGCGUAUAUCUGCGAACAGACACCAUUUUAUACGCCACUCCAAUCGAUAUGCCAACAUUCGCAUCAAUUGGAGCGCGGAAGUAACUCCAAGAUCCCCUCCUACCAAAAUUAGGGUUUCUUACCGGACCCCAUUUUCUUUAUUUUCAUUAAAUUGAUCCAACAAUUAUCGCCUUGUUGGCCCCAAACUUUCAUUCUUCCAAGCUUUCAAUCCAUCUCUCAUCUUCUCGAACCCAAUCGAAUGAUCCUACAGACCGGCAGCUUUUCUUCUUUUCCUCCUCUUCACCGGGGUUAGUUCGCCCUGAAAGGACCGCCGGCGAAGUUGAGCUGGAUUUAUUUGCGGAGGGGCUGUAAGCUGGGGGAAAAUUGGCGCCCCUGCGGAGGUCACAGCGCCACAUGGGUGGCGGGCAGAUGCAGCAGGGCAAAGCGUCGGCGGCGGCGGCCCCGACACUGUAUGACCACCAUCACGGCGUGGUUCCGGGCGGGGACGCAGGCGACGCGAUAAUGGCACGGUGGCUGCAGUCGGCCGGGCUGCAGCACCUCGCUUCGCCGCUAGCAUCUGCCGACCAGCGAUUACUGCCGAAUCUCCUCAUGCAGGGCUAUGGACCUCAAUCUGCUGAGGAAAAGCAGAGGCUUUUGAAACUUUUGAGAAAUUUGAAUUUCGGUGGUGAUUCUGGCUCAGAAUUUUACACUCCUACAACUUCAACUGUUGCAGCAGAUGGCUUUUAUUCACCUGAGCUAAGGGGUGAAUUCGGAGCUGGUCUUCUGGAUCUCCAUUCAAUGGAUGAUAUGGAGCUCCUUUCUGAGGUCAGAUAA